AUGCCCAUCUCUAUUCGCAAGGCCGUCGCGGCCGACAUACCGUUCAUGGGUGCUCUGGACCUGGCCGGGUACCGCAACAGUCCUUUCCGCCGCGCCAUGUUUCCCCCGGAGCGCCGCGUCAAACCCGGGGACGGCGAUGCGCUGGAGUGGUUCGAAAGGGGUGCCAAAAGAGCGCUGGGCUCUACCACGACUCACUACAUUGUCGCUCUGGAGGAUGAGGGCUCCCCCGCCGAGACGGUCGUGGGCAUGGCCGUCUGGGGCGCACCGCAAACAGCAGCUGCGGCUGCUACACAGGAUAUGGGGACUUCUGUUAACAAGGCGCAGGGAGUGGAAGCAGAGCCCAAAGGGCCACCGCCGGGUCUGCCUUCGUAUAUAGGCUACGAGCGAGUGAUGGAAGCGAACAAGGAAAUUCAUGCAAUGCUAGAUUCACAGGAUACAUUGGAUGAGAAAGCACGAAGUGACAUGUGGAAUCUCGACGCCAUCGUCGUCGACGAGAGGCAUCGUCGCAAAGGCAUCGGCAAGGCCCUUGUACAAUGGGGCAUUGACCAGGCGAGUAGGGAGGGCAGGAAAACAUGGCUCAUAGCGACUUCGGAUGGCAAGAAGCUGUACGACGCCAUGGGCUUCGCCGUUGUCGGAUCUGGCUCGCGGUGUGGUGAAGCGCAGCACAUCAUGGUCCGCAGUGCAACAUAG